AAACGCAGUUUUGUCGACGCUGUUAAAAACGGUAAAAUGCCGCAUCGUGUCGGCUGUGAGCGGCCGGAGAAGCAGCCUGCAGCUGACCGUGAGCAUGAGGCAGAUGGCUCGCAGGCUGUCACUCAUUCAUUGAGCCUCUGCGUAGAAUAUUACAGGUCAUUCGAGUAUCGUCUGCAGUGGAAAACGCCCAUGUAUCCCAAACGUUCCUCCAGACUUUCGGAGGCCUCCAGGAAGAGCGUGCAGAGGAGCCCCAGCCCAAACGAAGAUGUUAUCCAGCGCAGGGUUAGGGCUAAAAGACAGAGGACAGGGCUGGAGAGGACGAGAGAGGACGACAGCGUAGUCACAGAUGAGGGGAAGGACCGCGACAUCAUCGACAUCAUCAACAGCACGCACGAUGCAAAAGAGGAGGAUGAAGGGUUUGUCAAGGUGGCCGAUGAAGGAGUGUACGAGUCGGAUGAUGAUCGCCACUCUGUCACCAGCAGCAUCGCCUCUGGUCCUUCCCUCCUUCACCAUGCCUCUCCGAAGACGCUGAGGUCCUCACGUGUCCUGUGCUCGGCCUGCAAGACUGUCCAGCAGAGGGCGAAGAGGAUGAAAGCUCCGAUCAAAGACAAACUGUUCAACAACGAUCCCAAAUCCCUGACAUGUGACCAGUGGCUCCUGAUCAAGAAUUGGAGGCCGAGGAGGCGGCCUAGUGCCAGAGGGCGGCUUUUGAUCCACCUUCAGCUGGUUAAAGAAAGACUUCAGAUGAAGAAAAGAAGACGAGAGAGAGACUCACCAGCCUGCUCCAGGCCGCACGCUUUCCUUCAGAGAAACCUCAGACGUGUCAGAGUGCCGGUGAAAAAGGGGAGGAAGAAGAACAGGAGGAAGAGGACAAGAGACGGCUCAAAGAGUCCUCGCGUUGCUAAGCAGCAGCGUCUCCAUGGCAACACUCACAGCCGACACAUCAGCGAUACUAGCGUCGAUAUGAGCGUCCCUCGCCCAGCCAGCGGCAGUCCAGGUUUUCAGGGUCUUAGCGAUCGAGAAAUUAACAGUCAAGCAGACACAGAUGUGACUGUUGAGUUUAAUGACACCCGGGAUGACGGUACGCCGCGACAGGCUCCGCCAAAGAAGAGGGGCGGAUUCAGAGACUUGCUCGUCCAGUUGCGAGGCAACAGCACGAUCGUCAGAGAAACACGUUAGUGAGGUGACUCCGAGUCUUCUUUAAGCUACAGUUUAAUGUUUGCAGUAUUCAGAGGAGUUUUCACGCGCUGAUGUAGCUCGUAGCGUUUACCUGGAGUCACAUUCCCGUCUGAGAUCACAGCAAAAUACUGCUGCAGUUCUGCGUACGUGCAUGCUAUUUAUUAUUUAUCUAAAGUUUCAAAAAAGCAUCAUUUAACAAGACGACUGUGAAUAAAUGUGUUUUUUAAAAUUCUGUCCAAAAAACCCACAAAUAUUCACAUGAAACUGUAAUUUAAGUUGUUUCUCUGAUAUGAGAUAUCAGAUUAUCUGAAAAUCAACUUUAAACUGAAUAAAACUAUAAAAUUUCUUCUGAAGAUGUUUCCCGGCAGAACACAAACGCACCGUCUUUUCAAAUCCACGUCUGAUAAUUAAACUUUCUUCAGGCUUGA